AUGGACUUCCACCAAACAGAAUAUCAAUUCUUUUACGAGGAUCAUCCGUAUCCAAAAGUUAAACUUCACUUUAAGAAGUCUGUCUUCUUUUUCAAAAACGUUUUAGUCUGUCUUGGAAGCAACAUUAAAAUAGAUAAUGGCGGAACAGCAACCAAGGCGCGAACGACACUGUUUCAAGACAAACUAGCUAGAGAUGCAUCUAAAUUUUCCAUUAAAAUGGACGGCAUGACCAAAGACAGCUCAGAUCUAUUCGAAGCUGUAAACCCCCUUUCUAAAAACACGAAAGAUGGGUAUACUACUUUAGUCGACACCAAAGCAUCAGCUACCCUUCACGUCGGGAAGACGCCGAAAACAUCUGGUGACAUCAACAAGGAGGAAUUCUAUGAACUUGAAAGUGGUGAUAUCGAGGUUGAGGUCAACUUAUCAGUAGAUGUGAACGUGAAACUCUCCGAUGAAGCGUUCAAAGUGCAUGGAUCUCCGGCUGGCUAUCAACCGCGUGUUGAAGUAAAGCAUCUUGAUCAGUAUGAAAACGAAACCAACGUCUUAGAAGCUGAGUCCGGUGAGGAAGUGGAAGAAACGUCAGAUGUUUUAGAAGAUAAAGGGAAAACGAGGUUCAGAAGGGGUUUUGUAUCCUACGAGUUGAUGAUUUUCCUGGGCACUGGCAGACAUCCCUCUGACUACAAAGAUUAUGGCUGUCAUUGUAGACGUAGACUUCGAAAAGGUCCUAGAGGUGGAAAACGUCCUCGAUAUAGAAGAUUGCGCGUCAUGGGCAAAGUAGAUAAUUGUUGCCGCAUCCGCAAUAUCUGCCUCGGUAAACUUACGAAGUCUAAGUAUUGCCCGUUCAAAAAAAUUGGAGCACCAUUUGACAUACCUUACUUAGCAGGAUUGACCAAGAGUGGAGGAAAAAAAAUUUUCAAAUGCGCGUCUUUCAAAUACCGAAGUUAUGAUCGCUGUCGUAAAGAACUGUGCAAGUGUAAUACUGAAGCUGUCAAUUGCUUUGUGAGGAACAAAUAUCGUCAAAAGUACGCGGAGAUUAAACCCAAAAUGUGUCGUUCACGUGGCUAGCUUCGCUUUGGUAAGACGAAGAUGCGGUCUUAAAUGAUUCCAGUUCCCAAAAGUAUUCACGACUGUGUAGAACAAAAUUCAAUAAAGGGUUAAAGUGUGGAA